GCACUACAGCGGGACAUCCUCCACAAUCACCAGUGUAUUCCGGGGAGAUUUCCGAAUAUACAACUGCCGCAAAACACACAGACAAACAAACGAUGUCCACCUCACUCCGCCCAGCAAUGCGCGCAGCCCGCGCCGUUGCCCGCGUCCGCGCCCGGCCAUGCCUCGCCGUCGCCGUCGCCGCCAACCGCCUCUCCUCCUCCUCCUCCUCCUCCCACCAGCCCCAGCCCCCCUCGCCCGCCCGCGACCUCGAAGUCGGCGAGCUGCAAGGCGCGCAGUUCAAGAUCGAGCCGCUCCGCCGCGAGGGCGAAGACCUCGCCACCAUGCGCGCCCGUCUCCUAUACCAGUCCCGCAAGCGCGGCACGCUCGAGGCCGACCUGCUGCUGUCCACCUUCGCGUCGGCCCACCUGGCCCGCAUGCCGCCCGCCCUGCUGGCCGAGUACGACCGCUUCCUGGACGAGAACGACUGGGACAUCUACUACUGGGCGACGCAGGACGAGCAGCAACCAAGAGGCGAAGGACAAGGACAAGGACAAGCAAGCGGUGCAAGCGGUGCAGGCGGCAGCAGCGGAGCUGCGCCAGCCGACCCGGCAGCGCAGCAGCAGUCCCCGCGGCCGGGCGAGUGGGCGCAGACGGUGGGCACGUUCCGGCCGGCGUACCGACCGGUGCCGGCGCGGUGGCGGGACAGCGAGGUGCUGCGGCUGCUGCGGGCGCACGUGGAGAGCCGGCGGGGCGGCGGGCGCGGCGGGAUGGGCUUCAUGCCGCCGCUGGAGGAGUACAAGAUUUGACAUGCCUGCCCGGGAGGCAGGAGGCAGCGGUCGAAGGGAAGGAGAGGAAAGGGAAGGGGGUGGUUUCGUGGAAGGGCGGGCCGGGGCCCGCAAGGUGGAAAGCUAAUGUAUGAUACGGUGCCCUUCCUGACGAAGGGAAGUACGCAGACAGGCGCGUUGGUGUAUGAUACUUUAACCUACGCAUGCUCGAGGGAUAGGAGCAAGCAACAAAUAGAAUCGGCGUCGGCAGGCGGGUAUCACAGAGCGCACCGUCCGGGCAGGGCCCUUUCUUGCCUUGCUGGUAUGCCUGGGUUCAGAAUUC